UGAGAGAGCAACGUUGGGAACCGGCUUCCUGUGAGCAGAGCUAGCUUGUUUUCAGUCUGAGGUGAAAGUUUGAGUGUUUACAACUUGAUCUCGGUCUCGUUGAGAGACCGGGCCGCAGCUGCCGAACAGGAAAUGGACCCGGACCGCAAGCUGCGGGGUCUCACCCGGAGACCCCAGAUGACCCGCCGCGGAACAGACCGUCCGCGACAUGUUCGGAAGGAGGAGAAUUUCACAGAUCAUCAAGACGGGAACCUCAAAGUGAACCGGGAGAAACUAGAACCUGUGCAGAUAAAAGAAGAAUGGGAUGAACUCACAACGCCGCAGAUGACAGAUAACAAGAAGAAGCAGGAAAUGCUGAGUAUAACUAAACACCAUCAACUGAUAAAAGAAGAACAGGUGGAACUGCACAUUCUGCAGGACCAGGAGCAACUUGAACAUCUACAGGUGACAGCAGAGAAGGUGGAACGAGAACCCAAGAACCAGGCGGAGCAACAACAUCAACAGACAAAAGAAGAACACGAGGAACUUGAAAUUUUGCAGGUUAAGGUGGAAGAGACAGAAAUUGGUAUUGGACUCUCCUGA